UCGAAUCGUAACAUCCGUGCACGGAUCGAAAACGAUACGGAAGAAAAUUACGUGAUACGUCAGUCGUAUAAGCGAAAUGGCAUUAUUACAUACGAAAGCGAACGGAACGUAAUUUAUUUUUAGUUCACAAUAGUUUUUAAGUUCCACUAUGCUUUGGAUCGUAUUUUUAAGUCACAAUAGUUGUGGAACUGUCAAAACAUUGAAAAAUUAAAUGCAAGUUAAACGAAAAUUUAAAUAUGGAUCCGACUUUGCUUUUUUAUUUGAGCUCCAGCGAUAGCGAAGGAGAUGAAAAAGUGAUACGAAGGCAGCUGAGAGAUCGGAGCAAUCCAUUAACCUUGCCGAACACAGCAUUCUUGAAACGAUUCCGUUUGACCAAAGAAGCGUUUACUUAUGUUCUGGAGAAAUUAAAUUUAAGGCAAUCGGAUGCCAAAACGGUGCCUCCAAUCCUUCAAUUGGCAGGCACCCUAUCACUUCUUGCUAGCGGUGGCUACCAACACAACAUUGGCAGUGAUUAUUUAGUAGGCAUGUGUCAGAGCACUGUGUCGAAAGUUGUAUCACGUGUUGUCUUAGAAAUGGAAAGGAAGAUGUGCCCAGAAUUCAUACGCUUCGCACCGCAUGAUUCGUUCAGCUGCAAAGAUUGGUUUGUGGAGAAAUAUAAAAUACCUGGAGUCAUUGGCUGCGUAGAUGGUACUCAUAUUGGUUUACAAAAACCUACUGCGGACGAACACAUGUACUUUAAUCGUAAGGGGUACCAUAGUAUCAACGCUAUGAUAAUAUGUGAUCACACAUGUAAAAUUUUAGCAAUCAACUGCCAAUACGGUGGUGCAGCUCAUGAUUCCUUCAUUUGGAAACAUUCCGACCAGAGAAGGGCUUUAGAGGAAGGUUUUCAACAAAACAGGCAGGGAAAUUCAUGGCUUUUAGGAGAUUCUGGCUACCCACUUGAACCGUGGUGUAUAACGCCAUACAGAAACACAUCGGAUGGUUCAAGUGAGCAGAUGUUUAACGAUAUUCACUCCAAAGCAAGGUGUAUUAUUGAGCGAACAAUUGGCAUUCUAAAAGGACGCUGGAGGAUUUUAGGAUACGGAAAAAGGGGAAGAUAUCACCCUAUAAAAGUGGCACGAUUUGCUAAUGUGUCUGCAGCGUUACACAACAUUUGCAUUAAGUUUAAGAUACCUUAUGAUCCUCCAAAUUAUUACUCCGACCCCAUAUCGGAAAUUGAUACAGGGGAAACAAAUCAACUAACCGCUAUUGGCCAAACAAUAAGAGAUCAAAUAAAACAUUCAAUUUUAAGAGUAACGUAAGAAAGUAUUAGAAUGUCUAUAAAUAAUAUUUUAAAUAGCUGAUAAGAAAAAUGAAAUUCCUUUUGUUCAAAUAAAGCGAAAUAUUUUAUUCAUUUAAAUUCAGUACUUUUUCAUUUAUAUUAAUGUUAAUAAAUAGGCACUUAACAAUAGGCACAUAAGUGGCAUAAGUAUUAACCAUAAAACCUUAAAUACUGUGUGUAUAAAAAUAAAUCAUUUCAUAAAAACCUAAUAAAUUAAAAAUUAAUC